AUGUCAGACUACAAAACAGUCAAAGAGGCUUUCGUAUCCAACAAUCCCGGACAGAAUGUGUGGACUAUCAACUCUAUCUCCUUGGUCGCUCUCUCAUCUUAUGCUCUUUACGCUUCUCUCGUCGGUCGUACCACUCCCAAUGUCAUCGUUGACUAUCUCACAACCGUCUUACCACUCCUCUUAUCAAUCACGAUUUUCUCCUCUCAUUCAAUAAUCUUCAACCUCGCUAUUCUCUCUUUAGUCUUUCUCAUCUCCAUACUUCAACCUCGCGGAAAACCCAACCAACAUAUUGUUCAAGAAAAAGAAAAAGGAGAAUGGUUAGAUGAAUCUGAUUCUGAUGAAGAACCUUCCCAACCUGCUGCCCCAACACCCACAUCACCUUUCGUCCCUGGUCAUGCUGCUCUUCCUUCUCAAGUACUCUCCGCUCAAGCUCAAUCACAACCUCUCUCUAGAUCUUCAUCUGGAUUAUCAGUUGGAGAACCAUUCUCUGCUAGGAAAAGAAGACACAGUCCUACACCUAGUACACAUACUCAUUUAGCUAUUGAUAUCCUGGCCACUCCAGAGGUUGACAGUACCUCCUUAGGAAAUGGUACGGUCAAUUAUCCAACUCAAAGAUUGGAAUGGGAGAGGGGAGAGAAUGAAGGAAAGGCAGGGAGGUUACCGUUUUUGUCGGUUUACAGAGCGCAUAUGAUGAUCAUGACCGUUCAUUGUAUUCUCGCUGUGGAUUUUAAUAUAUUUCCAAGAUCUCAAGGGAAAUGUGAAGAUUUCGGAACAAGUUUGAUGGACGUCGGUGUCGGAUCUUUCGUCUUCUCUCUCGGUCUAGUCUCUUCACGUUCUUUCUUACCGCAUUCCAUCACCUCACCUCCUACUCCGGUUCUAUCUCAAGUAUUACGGGCAAUGAAGAAAUCCGCUCCUGUGUUAUUGCUAGGGUUAGUAAGAGUGAUCAUGGUCAAGGGUUCUGAUUAUCCUGAACACGUCACGGAAUACGGUGUGCAUUGGAACUUUUUCUUCACACUUGGUCUCAUGCCUAUUUUUGGAAUUCUUCUACGUCCAUUGAGAGAAACUAAACUUCGUUGGUCUAUCCUUGGUCUUCUCAUUGCGACAGUCCAUCAACUCUCCUUACACUAUGCAGGUAUACAAACCUGGGUAUUGUCACCUCUUCGAAACAACCUUUUAAGUCAAAAUAAAGAAGGUCUCGUUUCUCUUCCUGGAUAUUUAUCAAUCUAUCUACUCGGAUUAGCAGCAGGUGAACAUAUUUUACGUUUUUCACAAUCCGUACAUCAUACCAUCUCUUCUUACUCCCCACUCACGUCUAUACCCCCAUACCAUAACUCGACCUCGACAUCAAUGGCCCCCUUCCCCUUCAACUCCUCCUCGACUUCCCCCUCCUCGUCAUCUUCAACAUCCACUUCCAGUCCGAAUCCAAUUCCAAAUCCCAUCCAUUCCUUUCAAAUCAACAACCAAACCAUCCGUAUCCAUCGAGAAAAAGAUCAUGAAAAACGUCGAACAGAAUUAUCUCUGGAACUAUUCAGCUAUUCCCUUACCUUCUGGCUAGCGUUUUAUCUGGUGACUUUCAUAACACCCGUUUCUAGACGAAUGGCAAACUUGUCAUACGUAUUAUGGAUAUCCGCAUAUAACACUUCUUUUCUACUAGGUUAUCUACUCAUCGAAAUCUUAUUCUUCUCAUUUUCUCCACAAACCAUCACUUCACAUGAAAACCAUUUUGACAACCGCGGUGAUUCUCUCGACACCGGUAGAAGUCAUCUUGAAACUAGUAGAAAUUUUUCUGAAACCCGACGGAAUUUCGUUAACCAAAGAAAUAACCCAGAACACAGCACGAGUUCAUCACAGAGAGAUGAUAAGAUGGAUAAAAGAUCUCCAGGAUUAUUAGAAGCGAUCAACCGAAAUGGAUUGAUCAUUUUCUUAGUGGCGAACCUCUUAACCGGGUUGAUCAACCUCAGUAUGGAAACAAUAUACGUCAAAGAAGGAAUUGCUUUGAUAGUUUUGGUUGGAUAUAGUGCGGGAAUAUGUUUGAUAGCUUGGUUUUUGAGAGGACUGAGAUUACGAUUAUGA